CCUGCAGGCCAUUUGUUAUAAUCACAUAAUCUCUUGAUGUCGCCAAUGCCAUAUUAUCAUCUCCAAUAUUUUCUAUCAACCUAGCAGAAAUUGUAUAUGGGUCAUUCACGUGUGAAAUGGAUAUUAUUUACAUCACGUGACAUAAAUCAUGUGACGAGGAGAAAUGGCCGACCUAAACAGAAAAGGUUACAAAAGUUGGAAGAACUGGAAGACAAAUAUGGAAGGACACAACAAACACAAAAUAGUGAGAGGAAAUGAGAUCUGCAGUUUCUUCAUAUAUGACCACAAUGUGCUGAAACGUGAAGAGGAUGACUUGAAGGAUGCCAUUGUCUACUUCUACCCCAACACAGUGAGUGUUGACAACCAGUGUGCCCUGGUGGGUAAACUGAUUGGGAUAUCAGACUUCUUCUUUCAUUGUCUGCCACAAUCCACCCCCAGAGUCAUCAAACUUCUAUCAGAAAAGUUUGCUACACAACGUCAUGGUGAUUUCACAGUUGCCCUUGGUUGUGACUUGUUCAUCCCAGAUGAGUUCAUCACUCAUCAUUUUGAGUUUGUGUGGAAAGUGUUCGUGUUCUUCCAGGGCAGUUUGGAGGCUGUGAGGCAGCGAUGUAAAAAUCAUAAAAGUUUUCCAAGUGAUCUGGCGAAGGUCUGGGAUAUGUACCUGCCUUUCUGUCAGUUCUAUGGAGAUCUGAUGUCACAGGCGUUCCAGAUACUGCCCGAUGUUCAACUCUCCAAGAGUAGCUCCAAGACGUUCCUCCAUUCCUCACACAUCCUGCAGCGCUGUCACCGACAGGACGGAGUCAUCGGGGGAGUUCUGCUCUACAAGAGCAAGGUAUUGUCUUCACAACUGUCCCCCGAUGUCACAAAGAGACUGCUCCUCCUCAAGCCACAGCAGAAUCAUCUGCCAUGUCAAGAAAUAAAACCAGACUUUGAGUUGCCAGGUGGUCUGCGGCUCCUGAGAGUCUUCCUGCCUUCACAGGAAUACUGCAGGAUGAGUGGGCGCAGACAGACCUCACUCAAGUCCAAACCCAGACCGUCCAGCAACAGACAAUUCCUGCUGUUUGACACAAAUGCUCAGAUGCCUGCAGAUCUUGCAUCAGUUCCUACUCUGGACUGUGACAGUGCCGUUUCACCAGAACUCCCCCCUCCGCUGAAAGAUAUAGUGCAGAGGAUCUUGAGUGGGGGAAAUCCAGAUUUUGACAAUGAACCAGAAUCUCUACAAACAAACAAAGUGAUACAGACAAAUAUUAAAUCUCAGGAAAGGUCUUCUGUGAAAUUUGAAGGGGAAACAUAUCUGCCUAAAUCUGGAGAAACAAGGGAGAUAAUUCACAAAGAUAACAAAGUACCUGAAAAGCACACACAGUUUGAAAGUGGUUCGGAUUCAGGUUUUAAGACAGAAAAAGAUAUUGACAUCAGGAGAUUUGAUGGAGUCAGUAAGUCUUUGUCUGAGGAUGGAAGUUGUGCAAAGAAAGAUAUGGAUGACAGUAAAUCAAAUGAAGAUGGACUGGUCGUGGUAGAUUCUGCCAGUUUGGGAAACAGUGUUGUAAGUAGUGACAGACCUUAUCAUAGGGAAGAUGCUACUUCCCUUACACCUAGUGAUGAGCAAGACUGUGAUAAUCAAAAAGGAACUUCUAGCAGUGUUAAUGAAGAUACCAGCCUUACAUCUGAUGUUUGUGAAUCUUCUGCAGGUCCAAAACUAGAUGUAUCCAAAAGUGGAGAUGACAAAAGUAAAGCUGAAACUGGCUCUAGUAAUGUUGAUUUUGUAAAUGACAGUUCAAAAACUGCUGCAAAAUCUGAAACUGAAUCAAUAAAUGAAUUAGAUUUGGGACACCAUUCAAGUGAUAGACAAAAUGAGUCAGAAAUCUCAGCUCAUACAGGAUUAGAUGGAGAUUUAAAAAUCGAGUCAGAAGUUCAAAACUUUUCAGGGUCGACAAGCUCACCAGAAAUAAGCAGUGUUUCACACUCAGCCCUUAGAGGCACAAGUGAUGAGUACAUAGCGGAGGAUGGAGGUCAUGUGACAAGAACUAGUCUGAACCAGUCUGAACCGGCAGGAGUGACAGAUUCUGAGAACGAUGCAGUUACUCCCCAAUCGUGUGAUGAUAAACCAUUUGGACGAAGCGGUGGGACUGUUUCUUCCGUGUCAGAUGAUUGUAUGUCCUCACACAAGGAAACUUUAGAGUUCACAGAUGACCAUACUGUUUCCACGACAACAGACCAAAAUACAGGGUGGCCAUGGAAAUCGCCAACUACAGAGUCCAAAAAUAUUGACUUUGUUCCCAGUUCGGAGAGUUACGUGUCCUCGUCUUACUCCCAGAGUGAAGGCGAUACCAGCGGGAGCUGGAUGGCGGAGAGUGAUGGACUGGUCGACCUUACCCUCUAUGUUCAAGGUCAUUCAGAAAUGUUGCUGCUGUUGCUGCUGGAGAAUGGGGUCAAGUGUGAUAAGCCUCUGGUUACCGAGCUGUGGCGUGGUUCUCUGCCCCUUCUUGCUGAACUGGACUUUGAAGUGAAGGAAAGCCUCGAGUCACACAACGCAGAGGAGCGUGGCGUUGGCAGCUACAGCUUUCUCCGAUACGACAGCUUCACGAGGAAUGUCUCAGGGAACGUGAUGGAGUCGGUGACGGGGGCAGCACACGAGUUUGUGGGGACGUCAACCAAGAUACAUCACUACUUUCAACAGAACCCCACCAUGGCAGACAUCUUGCUUAGAUCUCACACCGCCAGUGUGUACGGCCAUCGGUCAGUGAGCCAUGAAACCUUCUUCCAGAUGAACGCCCCACAGCGCCACACAGGGGGCUAUCCACAGCCUAAAGACAUAGUGUUCACUCUGGACCAAGUGGCAGCACAGAAGCUACAGACUGACCACGAUUUCACGCUUCUGUAGCUGCUGACACCCAGGGAUUACACCCUAAAGACAUCAUUUAGAAGCCAAACAAAACCAUAUAUGGAUUUCACAGCAGACAACACAAUAUAUGGGUUUCACAGCAGACAACACAAUAUAUGGGUUUCACAGCAGACAACACAAUAUAUG